AUGUCUCUCCAAAUCGUGCUCAUCUCUGGUUGUUCCAGCGGUAUUGGACUCGCUACCGCCGUGCUUCUCGCUAAAGAUGCCGAGAAACGCUUCAAGGUUUACGCCACCAUGAGAAAUCUGGCGAAGAAAGGACAACUGGAGGAAGAAGGGAAGGAUCAACUUGGAGACACUUUGAUUAUCAAACAGAUGGACGUGUGCAGUGAUGAAUCAGUCUCGAAGGCUGUUAAAGAGGUGCUCGACGCUGAAGGCAAAAUUGAUGUGUUGUGUAAGUGGUUCCCGACAUUGAUAGUUAUGUCCUUUUAA